UCUGGUGGCAUAAUAACAUUGCUCUGUUGGCAAAUAUUUCUUUUAUUUUUCAUACGACGGUGAUAUUUAUUUCUUUUCGCCUAUAAAAGGUGUACAUACUCUAUAUUGUAUGCCUUACAAUAAAUACCACCGAUUUUUUACAUUAAUUAUCGAACGAAAGAUUUGAUUUCUUAAAUUAAAGAAAGAUAUGUUAUUAUAGCUCAAAAAAGCAGCUUGGCAAAAGUUAGAGGAAAAUAUUGGCGAUAGCGUAUUUACUGUGGAGGACGUAUAGUUUUAAACCAGCAAAACCUGGCAAAGUGAAAAUGGCAUCUCGUGGUGGACCAAUGGUGGAUGGUACUGAUGGCGCUGACUUCCAAUACAGGCAGCGUGUGGCAGCACCACACCGUAUUAGUAUGCUGAAUAAAAAGCGCCUAACAUCUUGCAUUUAUUGUCAUCUUAUCCUUCUCAUUUUGAUGCUUUGCAAACUGACUCCUGACAUAUUAGAUCGAGCAGAUGUGUUUGUGCUAGAAGUAGAAGAACUUGAAGUGCCAACACCGCAAUGGUGGGAAUACAUAUGGAUGAUUUCGGUUAUUACAAUUCCUUUUGGUUUUAGAGCAAUGGCCGCAAAUAGUGUUCAAAAAAUGCAAAAAUAUAUAUUAGGCCUCGUUUUGACUGGCGUUUUACCAAUAGCAUACUGCAUGGUAUAUUAUUUUAGUGAUUUUUGGGAAUUUAUUUGGCUGGAAAAUAAAUUUGAUCUUGAAGACACAGAUAUUGCACUGUGGAAUGGCCUUCCUCUUGGUGUGUUGUGGUAUGCCUUUGGUUUUGCUGCUCUUCAAGUACUUGGUUUUACGCUUUACUUUGCUUACAAAUGUAUUCAAACAUGGCGUUCGCGCAUUGCUGCAAAGAAAGGAAUAUAGAUCAAAAAUCACCAAGAAAGUACUGGGAAUACUAUUUCGUAAAGGCGCCGGUUUACACAUGCGGUCGAAUAACUUCUUAUCUAGAAACUCGUGCUCUCAAUAUGUCUGCUAUCUUUUUAAAUUUUGAAACAAACCCUAAAACUCAUCUCGAGAAUCUGUAUUAGUUUUUCAUAGAAACAUUUCAGUAAAAAUAGGAUCAUCCUAAAACCUAUGUACUUAUAUCAUCAGUUACGAGGAAUCAUAUAAAUUAGAAAAUGCCUUGGAUGGUAUCAUAUUGCUCAAAAUGGAUAAACAAGCUUUAUUUCUUCAAUGCUCAAUUUUGACAUAAUCUAUAUGAGGAUGGUUGUAUACGUAUAUGCACAUUUGUAGUUCUCAAAUACAUUGCUCUCAAAUCAAUAAAUCCACAAAGUACAUACACGUAUGUUCAAUAAAUACACAUUUCUUACAAACACAAAUUAAUACAAUUUUUCGUCAUGACCGAAUAGUCUUUUGAAUUCGAAA